AUGGUCAGUCAAUCAAUCACUUAAUUCAUCACUUCACACAGGCGAUUGAAUCCCCCACCCACUGGACUGGAUGGCUUGCCUGUCUGCCUGCCUGCCUUGUGAGUGCGGUGCAGGUUGCGCGGCCAUUGUCAGUCAUACUCUCGCACCAUGUCAUCCCCACACACACUCGGACACGCACCCUCUCUCUCCUCCCUCUGUGUGUGUGUGUGAGUGCAGCGACUGUGCACGGGGCUGCGAAGCGGAGCCCGCGUGCAUGGCGUGAACCUACUCCAAGAAGCUGGGCUGCUACAUCAAAUCCUCCGACGCCGGCAGGCGGCACGUGCCGCCAAACGAUCAGAACUACUUCGUCAGCGGCAAAAAGUACAGCUACGACUGCGACAGAGGUUUGCAUACACACCACACUACACCCUCUCUAUCAGAGAGAGGUUGACGGAUGAAUCGAUGGGUGGGUGCAGGCGGGCUCGUGUCGCCGUGCUAUGAGUACAACGUGGCGGGGCUGUUCGUCACGCCCCGCAGCCACAACAGGAUCGGCAUCGAGAACACCACCACCGAGGGCUGCCAUGACAUCUGCAAGGGGGUCAGACACACACACACACACACACACGCACACAGCUGGUUUCCACACGUGACUGUCCUGUGUGUUGGUGUGCAGAUUCCCGGUUGUCUGAUGUUCACCUGGUUCCACAAGUACCCCCGUGACCAGAAGGUCGUCGACGGCGUGUGCUUCCUAUUCGGCAACAAAGACAGAAAAAUCUGCCACCCAGGCGCCGUACGCUACAAACCACACAUCCAUCCAUCCAUCAAUCCAUCCAGCUGUGUGGGUGUGUGUGUGCAGGUGACAGGAUGGGUGGAGUCCCAUGACUGCGGCCCCCAGGAGGGCUCAUCCUUCCCUCCCCCGCCGCUGCCCCCAAUGACGCACGACUGGCAGCACCUCUCGCCGGCAGACCCCUCGCUCUACUACGGCCUCCCCACCGACCCUGACUCACGAGCUCUCGGCAAGAAGGGCAGCAGAGGGGAGCGGAGCUACCACAGGGGCGACUUGGGAGCUCCGCCUUACCUGACCAAGGAGCUGAGGUACCAGGUCCGCUUCAACGAGCUGGCGAGGAAGCAGAACGAGAACUGUGGAUGUUACCACUUGGUGGGGACACACAAACACACACACACGCACACACACACACACACAGAGACGGACAGACAGACAGACUCACACACAGAGUCUGUCUCAUGUGUGUGGUGGCUGUGUGUGUUGUCUACAGGGGGUGCAGCCUGACCCCAGCACCGCUGUCGUGCUUUCCAACAUGCAGCUGUGAGCGACCACACACGAAUGGAGUGCCCACACACAGACACACACAACGAUUGCAAGUAUGUCUGUGGCUGUGCGUGUCUGUGCAGCUUGUACUUUCCUCCCGAGCAAUGUCAGAGCCUUUGUCAGGCGGACCGGGAGUGCGAUGCCUUCAGCAGCAUGCGCUUCCAGUGCCUCCUGUGGAAAAACGUCACACGAUGGUCACUUGACCAGGUGGAACCCAUAUCCAUCAGUGGGCCCAAGUGGUGCCCCGGCGCACUCCUUGGUAAGGGGGGCGGAUGGCCGGGUGGUGGUUCGGUUUCUUACCAACACAGGCAAAGCAUCAUUACUUUCGUGUGGUGUGUGUGUGAUUGUGUGGUUUUCAGAACAAGGGUAUGUGUGUGGGGUGGAGCACUAUCGGCAACGUUUCACCUCGCUAGCGUUGCUCCUCCUGCGGGUACCCGACGUCACAAUGCCAUACGGCCAACCCUGCUCUUUUGAGGUCAGCGGCGCACACACACAGACACACACACACACACACACACAGAGAGAGAGAGAGAGAUGAGGUCGUAUGAGUGCAUUCACCAUGUGUGUGUGGGCUGUGCGUUGUGCAGAUCGACAGCCGUCCCUUGGUUGCCGUGUUGAUUGUGGUGAUGGUGGUUCUCUUGAGCGUCGGUCUCGCAUACCACAGCAAGAAGCGCCACUCAGGCACCGUAAUCUGGCGAGUUGUCGCGGCGGUCCUGGCUGGACUCGCAUCAAUCGUCCACAGUGAGCUCACACCCAGAGAGAGAGAGAGAGACAGAGAGAGAGAGGAAUGGGUGGCUGAUGGUUCUGUCCGUGUGUGUGGUGUGCAGUUGUGUUUGUGGCGUCUCUGUUUCGGUUCGGCAGCGGAGCCGGUCUGGUGUUUUGGGUCGGCUGUGCGCACUUCCUCUUCCUCAUCCUCUUCAACGAAGCCAGCGUCGUCAUUGUCAAUCUCGCAUGGGUAAGUAUGUGAGUGCUGGUUGAUCCUUUUCACUCACACACACAAACUGCGCGUGUGUGUGUCCGUGUGUGUGUGUGCUGUGCAGGUGACACGGCACACGACGUACCGCACUCUGUUCCAGCACCGGCACAAGCCGGCCAAGGUGACGACGCUGGCAGACAUCCGUGUGGACGACAAGGCCACCACCACCAUGGCCACCCCCACCCCUCUGCCAACGCCACCCCCCAGCCGCAGCACGUCGGCCGUCAAAAAGGGCUUCACCACUGAAGCCUCAUUCCAACACCAGCAGCAUGAUGACGAGCAUCAGCACCAUGCGCACGAGCCCAAGGAUCAGACAGAUGACGUCUGCCUGUCGGGCGCCAUAGCCGCGCCGUCCUUUCAGAUGCACAUGCACAUGAACGCUCCCCCAGAGGCCGAUUCGUCCCGGUGCGUCUUCCCCUCCAUCCUUCAAGCGCUCAAGGCCCAUCCCAGCGCUCCAAUCGCCGCUGAAAGCAGCCCAGACUCACCACCUCCACUACUGCCGCUGCCAGUGCCGCAAUCCCUGCCUGCUGCCAGCCACGCCGCCACGCUAGAGCAACGAGCAGAGAAGCCCCCCAAGCCGACCCUUUCGGACAUCCAUGAGGACUCCCAGAGAACCACCCUGGCACCAGAAACAGGCCGCUCGACCUUCUGCCCAUUCACCACAUCAGCCUUCGAGCCCGCCACCAGUGCCACUCCCACUGCAACCGAGGAGAAAAGCGUCGAGCGCGAGAGCAGUGUUGCCAGCAAAGCAGCGGAGGGGGACGGGAAGCGCGGCGUGCGGUGGGGCAGGGCGCUCACUCAGGAUGAGUGGGAGGGCGAGGAGGAGGCCCGCGCUUUCGGCCCCAUGUUCGUGUCCGUCCUGUUCGGCUCGUUUCUCAGCGUGGGGGUGCUGCACGUGUGCUGGAGCUCCCUCUUCUCCCUGCCCUUCUUCUCUAUCCCUGUGUCGGCCACCGCUUUUGAGACCUUUGAGCUGCUGUCCCUCGUCGGGGAUGGGCCCUUCCUCGCCAUUCAGGUGCGUAUGUGGGGGGGUGGAUGGCACACACCGGGACUGAUUUGUGUGUGUGUGUGUGUGCCUGUGUGUGUGCAGCUGCUGACAGUGUUCUUGAGCAGCCGUGACGGGUACUUUGCGGACUCGGUGCCGCCGGUGGCGCUGGCAGCGAUCCUCCUGUCAGCGGGCAACAUAGGGGGUGUGGUGGUGCGGUUCGCAUGGUCUCGGAUCAGACGAGCCACCAAACACAAAUAA